CAUUGGACGUACUUGAGUAGUUUUUCUCGUUUUUUCACAUUUCUUGCUUUCAAAAUAAGUAAAACUUUUUGGCACAGUGCUAGAAAGAUGCAUGAAGUCUUUUCCCUGAUUCACGCAGUCAACAAAGGAUUGAGUAAAAGACAACCAAGCUGCAUUCUCUAAUGGGGUCAGGGCUAAAGGGACAAUACUGACUUAAGUAGGGAUACCAUUUAAAAAAGAAAUAAUACUAAAGCAUCCAUCCACCUUCUUAUACCGCUUAUCCUUCAGGGUCACGGGGAACCUGGAGCCUAUCCCAGGGAGCCUCGGGCACAAGUCGGGGUACACCCUGGACAGGGUCUCAAUCCAUUGUAGGGCACAAUCACAUACACAUUCAAACACUAUGGACACUUUGGACAUGCCAAUUAGCCUACGAUGCAUGUCUUUGGUUUGGGGGGGAAACCGGAGUACCCGGAGGAAACCCCCACAGCACAGGGAGAAAAUGCAAAUGCAGCGCACACACAGGGCAGUGGCGGGAAUCAAACCCCCAACACUGAAUCAAACCCCCAACACUGGCGGUGUGAGGCGAAUGUGCUAACCCCUAAGCCACCGUGCGCCCUAAUCCUAAACCAUAUAUUUAGGAAAUAAACUUGAGUCUUAUUUAGUAAGUAAUAGUACCGUCAUAUUAGCAACAGAUUAUCAUUAAAAUGGGCCACACAAGUUUAGAAAAAAUUAUUGCAUUACAGAAGAAAACAUCGAGCAUUAGAAAUAUCUGUAUUUUGGCCCACGUGGAUCAUGGGAAAACGACACUGGCAGAUUGCUUGGUUGCAAGCAAUGGCAUCAUUUCCACUCGCUUGGCAGGGAAGCUCAGGUACCUGGACAGCCGGGAGGACGAACAGAUCCGAGGGAUCACUAUGAAGUCCAGUGCCAUUUCAUUACACUAUACGGCAGGAGAACGCGAAUACCUCAUUAAUCUGAUUGACUCUCCCGGACAUGUGGACUUCUCCUCUGAGGUGUCUACGGCUGUAAGACUGUGUGAUGGAGCCAUUGUCAUCGUGGACGCAGUAGAAGGAGUGUGUCCUCAGACGCAAGCGGUGUUGCGCCAGGCAUGGCUGGAGAACAUUCGACCUGUGCUUGUUAUCAAUAAGAUCGACCGGCUAAUCGUGGAGCUCAAGCUUAGUCCUCAAGAGUCCUACAAACACCUCCAGAAAAUUCUUGAACAAGUGAACGCUGUGACAGGGACUCUGUUCACAAGUACUGUGCUGGAGGAGCGGGCAGUGAAGGAGGCACAGGUUCAGGAAGAGUGUCCUGAGGCCGAUAGAGGAGAGCAGGUUUAUGACUGGAGCUCAGGCCUGGAGGAAACGGACGACUCACAUCUAUAUUUCAGCCCUGACCAGGGCAACGUGGUGUUUGCCAGCGCAAUCGACUCCUGGGGCUUCAGCAUCCAUCAGUUUGCACAGAUCUACAGCCAGAAGAUGGGGAUUCGCUUCGAGGUUUUACAGAAGACCCUGUGGGGGGAUUUCUACCUGAAUGCCAAGGCCAAAAAGAUCAUGAAAGGAGCACAGGCUAAAGGAAAAAAGCCGCUUUUUGUCCAGCUGGUCCUGGACAAUAUCUGGAGUUUAUAUGAUGCCGUGGUCAUCAGAAGAGACAAAGAGAAGGUGGAGAAGAUGGUGACCUCAUUGGGGUUAAAGGUCAUGGCCCGUGACCUUCGUCACUCUGACCCAAAAGUUCUACUGAGCGCCAUCUGCAGUCAGUGGUUGCCUCUGUCUCGAGCGGUACUCUCGAUGGUGUGUGAGAAGUUGCCAGCUCCCACCGAGGUGAGCUCUGAGAAGGUGGAGAAGCUGAUGAGCGUGGGCUUGCGCAGGUUCGACUCCCUGCAUGAAAAAACACAGCAGCUGAAAAAAGCGUUCUUGGAGUGUGCAAGUGAAGAAUCGGCACCGGUCAUCGUGUUCGUGUCGAAGAUGUUUGCUGUGGACUCAAAGGCCCUGCCGCAGAACAAACAGAGGCCCCUGACUCAGGAGGAGAUUGCUCAGCGUAGAGAGCUGGCCAGACAGAGACAUGCAGAGAGACAAGCAGCCAGUCAGGGCUCUGAUAAGCUAGAGGCCUCCAACACCACCAAGCCAGAUACUGAAGGGUUGUGCGUGCAGACGGAGGCCCUGACAGUGAAGUCCACAUCAGAAGAGCAGGACAAGGAGUAUUUUGUAGCCUUUGCACGUGUCUACAGUGGAGUAGUGCGCAGGGGUCAGAAAGUGUUUGUGCUUGGACCCAAGUACGACCCUGCCAUCACCCUGCAGACGCUGACCGAUGAGUGUUCAGUCCCUGACUCCAUGCCCAACAUACCCCACAUGGCCUGCUGCACUCUGGAUCGGUUGUACUUGCUGAUGGGACGAGAGCUGGAGGAACUCGAUGAGGUUCCAGCAGGCAACGUUCUGGGAAUUGGUGGGAUGGGGGAGUAUAUUUUAAAGUCAGCCACCAUCUCGACCUCGGCCGCAUGCCCCCCCUUCACACCACUCAAUUUCGACACCACACCCAUUGUCAGAGUGGCAAUUGAACCCAAACAUCCCAGCGAGAUGCCCAAGCUGUUGCGGGGGUUGCGUCUCCUGAACCAGGCCGACCCAUGUGUGGAGGUUUUGAUCCAGGAGAGUGGAGAGCAUGUAAUCAUCACAGCAGGAGAGGUUCACCUGCAACGCUGUCUCGAUGACCUCCGAGAGAGGUUUGCCAAAAUUGAGAUCAGUGCCUCUGCUCCCAUCAUCCCAUUCCGUGAGACUGUGAUCCGCCCACCCAAAGUGGACAUGGUGAACGAGGAUCUUGGACACCAGCAGAAGGUUGCAGUGAUCCGUCAAACCAAAGAGGAACAAACCAAACUCCAUGAAGGGGUUCAGAUCGAUUCAAGUGGCCUGGUGACCCUCACCACCCCCAACAAAAUGGCCACAAUCGGAGUUCGGGCCAUUCCUCUACCUGAGGAAGUGACCAGGGUGCUGGAGAAGAAUGCAGAGCUCAUUCGAACCAUGGAGCACUUCAACCUGCUGGCACGAGAGGGCAAAAUUUUAGAGAUUAGUUCCAAAACUCUGGAGGAAAUCCAUGAUUUAAAGGUUGAAUUAGAAAAACACCUUCAGGGCCACAAGUGGAGGAAUGCAGUGGAGCGAAUCUGGGCUUUUGGACCGCGUCGCUACGGCCCCAACAUUCUUCUGAACAGUGUUGAGGGAUACCAAAGGCCAUCGGUGUGGCAGUUUCUCAAUUUAGAGAAGGAGAAAGGCGAAGGCGCCACACUGCGAGAUUUCGAUAACAGCAUCGGUAGUGGGUUCCAGCUGGCUACGCUUUCAGGCCCCAUGUGUGAGGAGCCACUGAUGGGCGUCUGCUUCUCCAUGGAGAGAUGGGAUAUGAAAAUCCCAUCUCAGACAGUGCAGAAGGACUCACAGGAGGACUCUUUUUCUCAACAGAGUUUGGAGGCAAAUAAUAAUGAACGUGAGAUUGGAGAAGACAACGAGGCACAGAGCAGGCAUCGAGACAUGGCAGACUGCUACGGGCCGUUUUCAGGUCAGCUAAUUGCUUCCAUGAAAGAAGCGUGCAGGCACGCCUUCCAGGCUAAACCACAGCGCCUCAUGGCUGCCAUGUACACCUGUGAGAUCAUGGCCACAGCUGAUGUCUUAGGGCGUGUGUAUGGCGUCCUCUCCAAGCGUGAAGGUCGUAUCCUCAACGAGGAGAUGAAAGAGGGAUCAGACGUGUUCAUCAUCAGAGCCGUACUGCCGGUGGCCGAGAGCUUCGGAUUCGCUGAUGAGAUCCGCAAGAGGGCGAGCGGCCUGGCAAGCCCUCAACUGGUGUUCACUCACUGGGAGGUCAUCUUCAGCGAUCCGUUCUGGGUGCCCACUACUGAAGAAGAAUAUCUCCACUUUGGAGAAAAGGCAGAUUCAGCCAAUCAGGCACUGAAGUACGUGAAUGCCGUUCGGAAGCGCAAAGGGCUUUAUGUGGAGGAGAAGAUCGUCGAACACGCUGAGAAACAACGCACUCUCAGCAAAAACAAAUGAACUCUCUUUCACAGACAUUUAUUCCCUUAUUUUUGAAAAUUUCCUCUUACCUCGUAACACCUUUCAGCUGAAUGGGUGUUUAAAGUCUAACAUUGUACUGAGUUCCAGAUAGAUAGUUUGUUAGCUCCUUUAUUGCAACAGAACUUGUGUUUAAAUGAUAAUACAUAUAUAAAUAGCGGUCUGGAUUAUUACAGUUGAUACAAUUCUGGCAUAAUUGGUGUAUAAUUAGUAUUCUUCAUACUAAAGCUUUAUGAAAAUUUGAAAACCAUAGUGGACAUAACUGUAAGUAUUGUGGACUAUUUUAGUAUAAUGUGGUACUUAAAAAAAUUUAAGCAUCAUGUUAUCAUAAUUUGUUAUGAAAGAUUAGGCAAAGAUAACAGCAGUUUUAUAUGGUGUGUACUUAAUUUACACUAUGUUUGUGUAGCUACAUGCAGUUAAUACAUGACAGUAGUUAAGCAAAGAUUAUACACCAAAAUGAACUCAGCAAAAUGUUGGUCUGAACGGUGUAAGACCUUUUUUUGACUGAAAUUUCUUGAAAGAUUUGAGGUUUUAUUAUUAUAUAUUAAGCAGCCUUCAAGCUAACAUCUGUUAAGCCCUCAUUGCCAAACCAUUCUUUUUUUUUACUUGAGCUUUUCUUAAAGAUAUAGUUUGGUGAAAAUGUAAAUGUACUCCUUUCCCCAUUACCCCAAAUGAAGUCAAUCAGCCAAGACCUCCAUUUAUUGAGACUUUCAUUACUUGUUAGCUACAUUGUCCUCCGAGCUCCAGUACAGAACCUAAAAAGGAAACUUUGGACAUGUAACACACCUUGACUGAUCAACUAUAUUUGCAGUAAGGGGAACAUUGUGUAAAAUUAGAUUUUUUCACUGAACCAUUACUUUAAUUUAGCUCAGUUCUGGAGCUGUGUUUCAUCUGAGUUUCUCUACAUAGUGUGAAAAGCUCCCCAUUGGUGAGAGUCAAUUGGAUAAUUGACUAGCCUAGCCUUCUCCUAGCAUUCCCAAAUGGAUUUCAUCAUGCAGGCUAUUAAGACCUUAAAUUAAGUUGUGGGGAAGAAAAGAAAACAAGUACAGUGAAUUUCAGGGAUUAGAAGCAUUGAAUUAUUUUUUUUUGGAACAAAGACCUUAUUAAAUUAAUUAGAAGCUA